AUACCUUGAGCUUCAGCAGCUACUACCUCCAAGUCUUUCUAAGGAGGUAUCUUUUUUUUCACUUAAAAAAGUUGUAGCAUAAACAAAAAUUAUGAGAGUUUUUUUUUGUUUUCGCUUCUUUAAGAGAACCAGUAAGGGGUGCUGUUUGAGAAAAAAUUGUUGUGUACACAGAAAUAAGCUUCACUCAGAAAAAAAAGACAAAAAGUUUAUCCACGAUAAACUAGAAUAGAAAUAUCGUCUAAAAAGAACCACUCGUCCCAGCUGAGAGUCUAGUGUAGUUGUUCUUUAAACUGCUUUAUUGUUUAUUGCGAACCGCUAGCGUUGAAACUAAACUAAAAAAAAAGAAACAAAAUAGAAAACAACAUACACCAAACCACCUCCCACUUCUCUCCCAUUUCUCCGUGUCCCAGAAGCAGCAGCAGUCUCCCCGUCCCCAUCUAUUUCGCAGAACACAAAAAUCCAUAGACGCAAGAAAGGAAAUCCAUUUUGGUGGUGAUAAUUACAUUCUGCGUUUGAAUAAAAACAUCAACAAAUUUGAGCUUAAAAAAAAAGACAAAAUCAUAGUUAGAUUUUUCAGUUUAUAAAAGCCCUUGAAAAUAGUGAUUGAAAUUGUGUGUAAUAUAUAUUUUUUAUAAUUUAAUAAUUUAUAAUUUCUGUUAAUCUUUGUAAAAUAAGUUAAUUUUGUAAAAAAAAAAAACUUUAAAUUUUAAUUUUACAAAACCUGUGUGAUUUUAUUUUAAGCAAAAAAAAAAAAAAAACAAAAAAAACAAAAAUUUUAGUACCUUAUCUUUCAUAAUCAAAUCCGAAAAAGAAGAACCAAAUCCAAGACAUCACCUGAAUUCAUAGUUAUAGUGUCAGUAUUUGUCUAAUUUACUGCCGAAAUAGAUUUCUUUAAGUGUGCUAUCGCGAUGGCUGCUCCAGCAGCCUGUACGCGUUUCUCUGACAACUAUGAAAUUAAGGAGGAGCUCGGAAAAGGUGCUUUUUCAAUUGUGAAAAGAUGUGUUCAAAAAUCUACUGGCCUCGAAUUCGCCGCAAAGAUUAUAAACACAAAAAAAUUGACUGCACGAGAUUUUCAAAAACUAGAAAGAGAAGCACGAAUUUGUCGUAAACUACAUCAUCCUAAUAUUGUACGACUGCAUGAUAGUAUACAAGAGGAAAAUUGUCACUACCUCGUGUUUGAUCUGGUUACAGGUGGUGAACUAUUCGAAGAUAUUGUAGCACGUGAAUUCUAUUCAGAAGCCGAUGCAUCACAUUGUAUCCAACAGAUUUUGGAAUCGGUUAACCACUGCCACCAAAAUGGUGUUGUACAUCGUGAUCUUAAACCAGAGAAUUUACUAUUAGCAAGUAAGGCAAAGGGUGCAGCUGUUAAGUUAGCUGACUUUGGUCUAGCCAUCGAAGUUCAGGGUGACCAUCAGGCAUGGUUCGGUUUUGCUGGUACACCGGGUUAUCUAUCGCCAGAGGUUCUAAAGAAGGAGCCAUAUGGUAAAUCGGUAGAUAUCUGGGCGUGCGGUGUCAUUUUAUACAUUUUGUUAGUUGGUUAUCCACCUUUCUGGGAUGAAGAUCAACACCGAUUAUAUUCACAAAUCAAAGCUGGAGCGUAUGAUUAUCCAUCGCCCGAAUGGGAUACGGUAACUCCAGAAGCUAAAAAUUUAAUAAACCAAAUGUUAACCGUUAAUCCAAAUAAGAGAAUUACUGCUGCUGAAGCACUUAAGCAUCCUUGGAUCUGCCAAAGGGAAAGAGUGGCUUCAGUUGUGCACCGUCAAGAGACUGUGGACUGCCUCAAAAAAUUCAACGCACGUCGUAAACUUAAGGGUGCUAUUCUAACAACAAUGUUAGCCACGAGGAAUUUUUCGAGCAGAAGUAUGAUUACCAAAAAAGGUGAAGGAUCUCAAGUUAAAGAAUCAACUGAUUCUUCAAGCACAACCCUAGAAGACGAUGAUGUUAAAGAAGAUAAAAAAGGAGGUGUUGAUCGCAGCACAACUGUAAUAUCUAAAGAGCCCGAAGGCAGCGGAGCCGGCGGCAGUAUUAACAGUAUCUCACCACCAUUAUCUCCACAUUUAACUAGCGAUUAUGUAAAUAUGGAUACAACCGUAUCCAUAUCCGGAGGAAUAGAUAAUAAUAAACCUUCCACAUCUUCUUUGUCAAGUAUAAGCGGCGACAAACAACACAAAGCUCCUCACCUUCCAAAAAUGGUUAAUUUACUGUUCAGUAAUAAUAAUAAUAAUCAAAAGCAAAACAAAAAUGGCGAUUCGCAAAUAUCCCAGUGCAUUCAACUUCCUCAGCAAACAGAGCAGUUACAGCAUAAACCAGAUAGAGAUACAAACAAUGUUGGUGGUGGUGACAGCAAUCAAGUUGGCGCAUCAUUAUUUAAAUGCGUUCAAGGCUAUCGUGCGCUGGAUAUCGACGAUGAGACUGGCGAUUCUGGAUACAAAACCGACGAGAUAAGGAUUGUAUGCCCAGCAAAAGCUUGUCAACAGCUCUCUACAAAUUCUCAAUGCUCAGUAGCACGCCGACAAGAGAUUAUUAAAAUCACGGAGCAACUUAUUGAAGCUAUAAACAGUGGUGACUUUGAUAGUUAUACAAAAAUUUGUGACCCUCAUUUGACAGCGUUCGAACCAGAAGCUUUAGGAAAUCUUGUUGAAGGGAUCGAUUUUCAUAAAUUUUACUUUGAAAACGUUCUCGGCAAGAACUGCAAGGCCAUAAAUACAACUAUUCUCAACCCUCACGUUCAUUUGUUGGGAGAAGAUGCUGCGUGUAUUGCUUAUGUACGCCUGACACAAUAUAUUGACAAACAAGGUCAUGCCCAUACACAUCAAUCUGAGGAAACUCGCGUGUGGCACAAACGUGACAGUAAAUGGCAAAACGUCCAUUUCCAUCGGAGUGCAUCAGGAAAGAUAAGCGGUGCAACCACAUUCGAUUUCAUAAAUCAACAGAAAUAAAUGUGUCGCAAAGCAUCUCUUCAGCCUAGGGUAACUCAUUGUAUUUGAAUUUAUUUGUAAUAAAAAAAAAAGAAAGAAAAAAAAAAAAAAAACAAAACAAAAUCUAAUUUUAGUCAAAACGAAAAAAGAGAGAAUA